GGGUAUUUUGCAUUUCUUCAUAUCUUCGCUUGUAAGGCCAUAGAAGUCAGCUACUAAUCACUCCCACUCUCUCUCUCUCUCUCUCUCUCUCUAUCUCUUCUCACUGGACGCAUUCAUUGAAAUCGCUUAAUUUUGGGUCUUAAGAGAAGAUGGAUGGUGUUAGCAGUCUACCAAACGAGCUUCUUUGUCACAUAUUGUCCUUCCUUACCACAAAGGAGGCUGCUUUGACUUCUAUUCUCUCCAAGAGGUGGCGCAAUCUCAUUGCAUUUGUUCCUAAUCUUUACAUUGAUGACACUGUGUUUCUCCAUCCAGAAGAGGGUAAGCGGGAUAGGCCCGAAAUUAUACAGAGCUUCAUGGAUUUUGUGGAUAGAAUACUGGCUUUGCAGGGUAAUUAUCCCAUUAAGAAAUGCUCCCUCAAGUGUUUAACCGAGGUUGAUUCAGUUCGUGUGGAUGCUUGGAUAAGUAAUGUGUUGGCGCGUGGUGUUACGGACCUUGAUCUAUUAAUCAUCUUGGAUUGUGAGAGUGAUGAUAACUAUCGGCUGUCUCCAAAAUGUCUCCAGAGCAGCACACUAGUUAGCCUGAAAAUAGACGGUGGAAUUGAUAUUGCUCGGGUUGAUAACUUUGACAUUCUUCUUCUUGCUUUGCCUGCACUUGAGGAAUUAGCCCUGGUUGAUGUAAUCUGGAAAGAUGAGGAUGAUUACCCACUAGUUAAUAUGAAAAACUUAUUUGAUGCUCGAAUCAUCUUCAUGCUACAACUCCCGGGAGCUAGAGAACCAGAUGAUGAUCAUUGGUUCGACCAAAACGUUGCUCUCAGAUAUAGCAAUGUGUGGAAACUCUUUCUUGGCUUACAAAAUGUUCCAAAUCUUUACUUGUCUCCUGAUACUCUCAAGGUGCUUUCUCUAUAUUGUGAAUCGAUGCCGGUGUUCAAAAACCUCAAAUCAUUAGCUAUUAAGAGUGGCAAGGAACGAGGUUGGCAGGCAAUCCCAGUUCUUCUAAGGAACUGUCCACAUUUAGAAACUCUAGUCAUUGAGGGUGUCUUGCACAAUGUCACAGAUAAAUGUGGGGAUGCUUGUGACUGCAUUUCUAGGGAGGACAAAGGUCGUUCGCUGACAUCUUGUCCAGUAAAAAUGUUAGAGAUUCGAGGGUUUAGAGGAACAAUGAAAGAGAUGACAAUGAUGAAGCAUUUCUUGGACUAUUUUCUGUGUCUGAAGGCGAUGAACAUCUAUGUUGAAGAGAAUGAUCCUACAGAGCUCAGAUUCCCUGAAGUGUCUAAAUGUAUCAUGCAGAUGAUGGAAGAAUACAACAAGUUAUCGAGUUGCAACGUCGAACUCCUUGUGACUGAUUACUUUUACUUCUCUGAGAAGUGGACUGCAAAAGGAAGAAUUCUCUGACAAAACAAAACUUGCUCAAAGUUUUGUCAAAGGUCCCAUGGAAAUUCAUUCCGGUUCUUUUGUUUA